AAAAAUCGGUAUUUAAAUUUACCCAUUAUUUGCUGCGACACUGAACAUUUCGUCACGACGAGCGUUAACCAAUCAGAUUUACUGUUACCGGUCUUUCACUCGAUCAACACGCCGCUGCAGCAGAGGGCGAAAAUGACAGAGGCGACGGAAAAUUCUACCAAACACGGACCUCUGUCAAAUUUCUUCGUAAAGCGGCUUCAAUGCGCUGGCGGGUCAUCAGAGUACAGCUGUGAAUUUGGCUCAGCUAAAUACUUUGCACUCUGUGGAGUUGGAGGUGUGCUCAGUUGUGGACUUACCCAUACCCUAGUGGUCCCGCUUGAUCUGGUCAAAUGCAGAAUCCAGGUGGAUCCAGCAAAAUACAAGAGCCUCGUUCAUGGGUUCAAAGUCUCCAUAGCUGAAGGAGGUGUUCGUGGACUCAGCCUAGGAUGGGCACCAACAUUAAUUGGCUAUUCCGCGCAGGGGCUCUGUAAAUUUGGUUUUUACGAGGUCUUCAAGAAUUUGUAUGCCAAUCUCCUGGGAGAGGAAAAGGCCUACCAGUUUAGAACCGCCCUGUACCUGGCUGCUAGUGCUUCAGCAGAAUUCUUUGCGGAUAUCGCUCUGUGCCCCAUGGAGUCCGUGAAAGUGAGAAUCCAGACUAAGCCUGGCUGGAGCACUACACUGCGUGAGGGAUUCCCUAGAAUCAAGGGAGAGGAAGGCUGGAAUGGCUUCUUCAAGGGUAUUGUGCCACUUUGGAGCCGACAGAUUCCCUACACUAUGAUGAAGUUUGCCUGCUUUGAGAGGACAGUCGAGGCACUGUACAAGUUCGUUGUGCCAAAACCGAGGGCGGAAUGCAACAAGGCUGAACAACUCAUGGUGACCUUUGUUGCUGGCUACAUUGCUGGUGUAUUCUGUGCCAUAGUGUCACACCCUGCAGAUGUCAUCGUUUCCAAACUGAACCAGAACGCCGGAAGCAACUUUGUGGAUAUUGCCAAAUCCCUUGGUUUUAUGGGCAUGUGGAAGGGUCUGAUGCCCAGGAUCAUCAUGAUUGGUACCCUGACAGCCCUGCAGUGGUUCAUCUACGACAGUUUCAAGGUUGCCACUGGUCUGCCCCGCCCACCUCCCCCUGCCAUGCCAGAGUCACUCAAGAAGAAACUGGGACUCGCUUAACAACAUGAGCACCAUAGGAAACAAAUAGUGGAUAAAACAUUUAUGAAAGGAAAUUUUUAAGGAAAAUAAGAAGUUUGCAUUACUUUUAGGGACCAUAUAAAAUGCUCGUUUGCUGCUGACAUAUCUUGUAGUUGUAUUUAUUAUCAUUAGAUAACCAAGAUUGACUAGAACUUUUUUGUGUGUUUUCUUGACAGUGGCAUUUUUUGUGAUACACGUUUGCUUGUUUAAAAUAUUUAUUGGCUUUGGAAUUUGUGAUUUUGAACUAACCAUUAAAAACAUAUACAUUUUGACAUUUUGUUAUAUAUUAAAUUGAAACACUAUAGGUUGGUAUUUCUUUGCAUCAUAAAGUUUAAACCACAUAGUUUUGAAAAUAUGUUUGUAAACAUUGAAACAGCAAUGCAAUUUCUUUAAACAAUGGCUAUUAUGUUGUUACACAAUCAAAAAAACUAAUAAAAUGUUUGUAUAUAUU